AGAAGAAGAAGAAGAGAGGGGAAGCCGAGAGGAAGAGAGAGACGCAGGGGAGAGAAAAGGAACGAAGAAGAAGAUUACCUGAUCCGACCAGCAAAACCCGCCAAACCCGCCCCGCAAAUCCUGAGACCUGGCGGGUACUGUCCAUUAAAACCGGGUUACGGGUACCAAUUUUACUACAUGAGGAGUGCGGGUUGGGUACAAAAAUGCCCAAAAACCGACCCGCUCUGACCCGUGCCCACCUCUAGGUGAAGGAAAAUUUAGGUAAACAAGCACGGACAGUUCGAAAGGUCAAAAAUCAUCUGCCGUCAAAACGACGCCGCAUUUCUAAUCUAGUGCCACCAGCCCCGCGAAUUUCUAAUCAAGUGCCACCAACCCCGCGAUCUCAAUCUCCAAGUCUCUGUUAGAGUCCGAGGUAGCCGAAGAACAAUCGUCGGAUCCGAAACCAAGAAAUGGGUGUGUCGGCAAAAAUAGCACCGUCUAUGCUCUCAUCGGACUUCGCCAAUUUGGCCUCUGAGGCUCACCGCAUGCUCAGCUGUGGCGCCGAUUGGCUCCACAUGGACAUCAUGGAUGGGCACUUUGUGCCAAAUCUAACCAUUGGUGCUCCAGUCAUUCAGAGUUUGAGAAAGCACACAACGGCCUAUCUUGAUUGCCACCUCAUGGUCACAAAUCCUCUUGAUUAUGUUGAACCUUUGGGAAAAGCUGGUGCUUCUGGUUUUACAUUUCAUGUUGAGGUAUCCAAAGAAAAUUGGCAAGAACUAGUCCAACAAAUUAAGUCGAAGGGCAUGAGGCCUGGGGUGUCAUUAAAGCCUGGGACGCCCAUUGAAGAAGUUUUUCCUCUGAUUGAAGGUGAAAACCCUGUGGAAAUGGUCCUUGUAAUGACUGUCGAACCUGGAUUUGGUGGACAAAAGUUCAUGCCAGAGACGAUGGAGAAGGUCCGUGUGCUGAGAAAGAAGUACCCAACACUUGAUAUAGAGGUUGACGGCGGUUUAGGGCCUUCAACUAUUGACGUAGCAGCUGCAGCCGGAGCAAACUGUAUUGUCGCUGGAAGUUCAGUGUUUGGAGCUUCUGAGCCAGCCCAAGUAAUAUCCCUUUUGAGGAAGAAAGUAGAGGAAGCCCAGCAAAACAGUUGACAUGGUACAAGCUCAAAAUACAUGAUGAGUGGAUUGUCUCCAACAUAUUUACAGUAUGUACAUCACUGAUCUGUUUUGAAGAGUUAAUAUUCUAAGAAAUUAAUAAGAUGGUUUGAUUUAUUGAUGUAUUUAUGCUAUCAUCUGUGUUCUGUACUUUCUGAAGUGUGUAAUAAUGUCUUCAGAAGAGUUAUUCGAGUUCUGAGGCAAUACUUGCAAACAUUUUGGAAAUAGCUUUAUAUGAUACAAUACCAUUUGUUUUCA